GCAUGCGCGAGAUAGAAGUCGCAUCACUGUGACAUGUAACGGUGUCAAACAAUUACAGUUGUUUAGGACACGGGCCAGCUAUGGGCGCAAUUAUUUCUUCCGGAAUCUCUGGAUCGUUAUUUAUUUUUUAUUUUUUAUUCUUGAAACCUGAUUGUGACGUCAUUGUGAAACUGAAAGACACAUGAUAAAGAACACAGUAAGUAAGGAAAUGCAGCAGAAAAUAUCCAUCCAUCCAUCCAGUUUCUGUUCUGCUUAUUUUCACUAGGGUCGCGGGCGUGCUCGAGCCCAUCUCAGCUAUCGGGGUACACCCUGAACUGGUCGCCAGCCAAUCGCAGGGGAUAAAAACAAUUGGAAGGAAUUUUAAAAGCGCUACAGUGAGUUAAAAAACAAUAUUAAAAGCACUAAAAAGUACAGCAAUCAGCUGGUUUGGGUAAAAACACACUUAGGACCCUGGGGUUAAGAGUGGAGUUUAUAAGCUAGUAAGGGUUUUCAAAUAAAAACGUUGUUAAAGGUUAGCUUAUAUAAGACAACUGAAACAACAAUGAUAAAUACUGUACAUUUUCUAAAGCACAUAUACAAAGAACACAUAAAAUAAAUAUAUAUAAAAGGAUUGCAGUCAAAUUAAAACAAUAAUAAUUGUCCUACUUUGAAAAUCUCUUACAAUUAUCUGACAGCUAAAGUUAGCCUACUAAUAUUUACCCAAAACGUUUUAGAAUAUUAAUGUUAAUCUUCAGCUAAAAUGUUUGAAAUUGAGAUCAUUCUAUCUAAUAUUCUAUUCAUUAUAUAUAUAUAUAUAUUUUUUUUUUCAGGAUGAUCAUAUAACAAGUGAAUCAAUUUAUCACUUACUAUAAUUGAUAAGAACGUUAAUCAACAUUUAAUGUAGUUUACCAUUAGAACCGCUUUUAUAUGUCACUCAUGUCACUCUCCACUUUAUCUCUGUGCUCGGCUGACGCUGACAGCAGUGCUUCCGCUACUGGCAAGGGCAUCAUUAUACAGUGUUCAAUUUUCACAAGGUAUGAAGUUAAAUCAAUCAGUCAAUAUUUUACUGUGACUGAAGGUUUUUCUUUUUACAAUUCAAUAGUCAAAUAAAGAUUUGUUCUUCAUAUCAAUUCAUCCCACAGGAAAGAGUUGUUUAUUUGUUGGCUAUAUCCAAUGUUGUGUUGGCACUACUAUGUAAUAAUAUAUUUUUUUGUGUGUUUAGUGAAUAAUGCUGAAGAUAGCAAACUUCCUCCUGAAAAAUCACAUACUAAAUGCCAAUCGCAAUUUUUUUUUUUUUUGAAAAGAAACAAGCAAACAAAAAACCUUGCGAUUAUGAGUAUUUUCCCAAAUCGUUCAGCCCUACUCUUGAUUCAUGACGAGGUAGUUUUAAUUGGGCUCACAUUGUUAAAGCUUAUCAGCUUCCCAGUGACAAGGACUGGCUAAGUGUGGCUAAAGAUUUAGCCACUAAAACACACGUGAUGUUGCGGCUAACUACACACGUGUGGCUGGGAGAUUUUUAUACUGUUUAGCCACAUUGGCGAAGAGGUUUCAUGACUCAGUGCCAACCCUGCUAACAACCUCCAUGCUUUUUAAUGCUAAUCGUAUUGACGCUUACAACCUCCCGCUGAAGUUUGGAGGCUAACAGUUUUGAUGCCAACAACGUCCUUGCUCAAAUUUGAAUGCUGAGGUUUUUCUAUAAGGUACAACAAUGGUUUAUUUAUGUUAACAGUUUCGAUGCUAACAGGUUUUAUGCUAUACUAACAGAGCUUAUUGGUUAGUAGCUGCAGGUGUCAUCGUGGUAGCAUCUGUCACGUAACGUGUUGAAGCAGCUGGACGCUAGAGAAAAGUUAGACUUUAUGGAGCCGUGGUGCAGUUUUCGACACGCUCGUCACAUCUGUUUGAGGGGGCCCAGCCGGCUAGCCGGCGGCUACGGUGGCAACGGCUAGCCUGCGCGCUUAGGACGUGUGUGUGCUUGCCCACCGCGGAUGUUUAAAUAGCCGCGAUGCUAACAUUGGCGCCUUCACUGGAUGCCUGCGUGAAAGACGCCGCCAUCAUGUUCAGGAUGCUCGCUUUGGCCUUGGUUUCUGCGCUUUACUUCCUCUCUCACACGACUGAGGGCGAAGUGGUCUAUGCGUGUCACAAUGACACAGCUGUGAUGUCAUGUGAGUCGGGCUUUAAGAUCCACUUGGACCACAUUCUAUACAAAGUGGGCGUGGGCACACGCUGCGGGGAAGGCAAGCAUCACCCUGAUGACGGCGAGGGCGUCUUCUGUUCCUUCCCGUGGGCCGAGAUGGUGGUGGAGGACCUCUGCGGGAACCGACGGUCCUGCGAGGUUCCCGUCACCGAGGUAGUGUUUGGAGAGUAUCCCUGCAAGGAGAAUACACGAUACCUGGAGGUGGCCUACACCUGCGUCGCACAAGCGCCGCCACCACCCCCACCGGCACCCGCCAAAGCUGACUGUGACGACAGCACUGCCUGAGCGUUUUCAUCAUGGAGACCUCACUUCCUGUUGGAGCAGGAUGAUGAUGACCAUGAUGAUGAUCUUGAUGAUCAUGAUGUCGUAGUGUAGUUUAUUGAAGAUGGAAUAAAACAUAAUUUCACACAUUGA